AUGGCAUUGGAGGCCUUGCGCAAAGUCAGCGGCUCUUCUAACCAUGCAGGGCCUCCACCUACUUUUGCUGCCGGCGGCAACGGCGACAGCGGCGGAAGCAGCACCAGCACCAGCACCACGUCAGCCCCCACUUCCAUUCUCAGCGUCUCGCCAGUCUUGACUCCUCGAAGCAGCACAUCGCGCGAGAGCCACAACAACAAGGACGCUGCUGCCAGCCGCAUGACCAAGAUGAGGGCGGCCAUGCACAUCGGUUCCGUCUACGAUGAUUGGCCAAUGUACUCGGCAAAUGGCAACGACUACAUCGUCGGAGAUGUGAUCGGUUUCGGAGCCUCAUCUGUGGUCCAUCAAGGCGUCUUCAAACCGCUCGACAAGGCUUGCGCCAUCAAGGUUAUCGACCUCGAAGCAUACGGCCGUGAUACUGAAGAGCUGCGCAGAGAGACGCAGCUCAUGUCGCUGUCUAAGCACCCGAAUGUACUCCGAGUUCGUGGUUGCUGGGUCAAAGGCGCGAAGCUGCACAUUGCCACGCGCCUCAUGAGCAGCGGCUCCAUGCUCGACAUUAUGCGCUUCGCACAUGCGGAAGGCUUUGACGAGACGGUCAUUGCAACGGUCCUCAAGCAAGCGCUCGAGGGCCUCAACUAUCUGCAUAUCAACGGCUGGCUCCAUCGCGACCUCAAAGCGGCCAACAUCCUCGUUGAUGACGACGGCACGGUGCUGCUCGGUGACUUUGGCGUCGGCGUGUUUGUGGGCGAGACGGACAAGACAUCCGGCACGCUGUCCAGCGAAGGCAAGCGCAAGAGCUUUGUAGGCACGCCUUGCUGGAUGGCACCCGAGGUGAUCGAGCGCAAGCACUACGGCACGCCCGCCGACAUUUGGAGUUUCGGCAUCACGGCACUCGAGCUUGCUCAAGGCCGUGCACCCAACUCCAAGCUCAACCCGGUCAAAGUGCUCAUGCGCACCAUGCAGGACGAACCGCCUCAACUCGACCGCACCGGAGGCGCACACAAAUAUUCCAAGCUCAUGGACGACUUUGUGCGCCAAUGUCUGCAAAAGAAUCCCGAGAAGCGACCGACAGCCGACAAGCUGCUUUCGCACGGAUUCUUCAAGCAGGCCAAAUCGCCCAAAUAUCUCAUCUCGGCGGUGCUGUCCGGACUGCCGCCUCUCACUGACCGACAGGAGCGACGACGACUCGCCUCGAUCCACUCGACACAGCACUAUCUCUCGUGGGAUUUUGGUACCAUCAGCAGCCUAACGACAACCCCCAAUCUCGAGAAGUUGGAUCCAUUUCGCAAUUUUACCGGCGUGGUCUCGUUGCCAUCACCCCACGGCUCGGUCCGAUCGACAAAGCUGGUGUCCAUCGAUGGUCACCAUGUGCUCGCCACGGAAGAGGACGAAGCGAGUCUGCGGCGCCGAUUCAGCAGCUUUGACGAGUCGCCGGCCAAAGACAGUGGCGUGAAUCGGCGACGCAACCGUUCAGUGGACGCACUGUCACAUCGCAAGUCGGUCUCGUUCGACCAAGUGGAUGCGGCGCAAGGCGAUGCGUCUUUGGCUGGCCACUCCGUGCUGGCUUCGAUUGGAGAGACGGCGUCGCCGAUGUUCGUGCCAGCCGAGCAGAGCGAAGGUGGAGAAGAGCCGACCGCCCUCAGACUCAGCACCGAGGUGGCAGCUCCGGAAGCAGCAUCGUCGAAGCUGGUCCAAACUUCUGAGGAGAAGGAUCCUACUCUUGCGCCAGAGAACGACACCCCUGCAGUCUCCCCAUCGCGUGGCAGCUCUGCUAGUGCGACGUCAGAGCCGCCGGCCACGCAGCGGUCGGUGUCGUCUGCUACCACGGCCACACUCAAGCCAGAGCGUAGCGACCAAAAUAAGGGUAAUGCGGCUGCAGCAGCGCAGCAGAACAUGCUUCAACGCACGGCCAGUCGCUUGCGAGGCAACGGCAAUGGCGCGGAUGCGGCUCCGGCAGCAGCGCGCAACGGCAACGCUGAUUCAAGCAAGCAUCAGAAGCGAGAAUCGGUGAUCGGCAAGCUGUUCAGAGGAGCCAGCUCGAACCGCAAGGAAGGCAAGGUGUAA